AUGGAUUAUAGCUCUUCUGACUCUGCAGCAAGUGAGUCUGAAGUUCCUGAACUUGCGGAGAAAGUCUACUUAGAGCUGAAAUCCGGAAAACAUAAAGUGAAAAUAGCAAAUGGCAUAUAUAGAUGUCCUUUUUGUAUCUAUAAGAAAAGGCAAGAAUACAAUUAUAAAGAACUAGUUCAACAUUCCACAGGAAUUGGUUCACGUAGAGAUAAUGCUACAGACAGGGCAAAACAUCUUUCUUUGGCAAGAUAUUUAGAAGAAUAUAUGAAUGAAGAAGCAGGCCCAUCAUCACAAAAGUCUAGUAAAACAUAUAAAAAGGAAGUAUAUGUGUAUCCAUGGAUGGGUAUCCUUGUCAAUCUCUAUAAAGAUGAGGUUGGGGAUGAUGGCCAGGAAACUUAUCAAGCUGGAAGUAAGCUGAAGGAGCAACUGUCCAAUUUUAAUCCUUUAAAAGUGGUGCCAUUAUGGAGUCAUACCGGCCCGAAAGGAAGUGCAGUUGUUAUCUUCAGGAGUGAUUGGAAUGGUUUUGAGGACGCCGGGGCAUUUGAAAACUACUUUAAAGAACAAGGUAGAGGUAAGUGGGACUGGUAUCAUCAAGACAGGACUACUUCAAAAAUGUAUGGAUGGCUGGCACGUGCAGAUGAUUACAAUUCCACUGGUAAACUUGGUGAGUUUCUGCGGAUAAAGGGUGAUUUAAAGACUGUUUCUGACAUGACUGGAGAUGAAGAUCAACAGAAGCAGAAAAUGGUUACAACAUUGGGUGAUGCGCUUGUGCAGAAGACCUCCGAAUUAGUUCAACUAAAAACUAAGCACGAGAGUACCACCAUUCAUCUUAAAGAAAUGACGAAAGUUUAA